GUCUGCCUUCAAGCUAAUCACAACUAGCCAACCCAUCCCCAAAACCAAGCAAAAUGUUCGCCAAGAUUGUGCUCGUUACCCUCUGCGUGGCCUCCGCCCAGGCUGGUCUCCUGCCCUUCCAUGCUCCUGCUCCCCUGGCUGCUCCUCUGGGAACUCCAUUCGCUGCUCCUCUGGCCGCUCCCGUGGCUGCUCCUGUGGCCACUGCCGGUGUGGUGGCUCCCUAUGCCUCCAGCUUCAAUGCCCACCGCAUCAACCACGCCGUGGCCUACCCAGUGGCUCCUGCUCCAGUGGCCUUCGCUGCUCCCGUUCCCGCUCCCCUGCCCGUUCCCGUAGCUGCUCCUGCCCCGGUGGCCUUCGCUGCUCCUGCUCCUCUGCCGGUAGCUGCUGCUCCUGCUCCUGUGGCCUUUGCCGCCCCCGCUAAGGUUGGAUUCGGCUUCGCUGCCCCUGCUCCCCUGGGAUUCGCCCCUGCUCCGGCGCCUGUGGCCUUCGCCGCCCCCGCCAAGUUCGGAUUCGGACCCUUCGCCGCUCCCCUCGCUGCUCCAGUGCCAGCGCCCCUGGCUGUGGCCCCCAAGUUCGCCCCCGCCCCCUACUUCUUCUAAGGAUUCAGCUAAAAGAUCACUCAAUUCAUCCGUUCCAUCCGUCCUAUUAGCUUGUAGAACUUAGCCCAAAUCUUCAUACCUAGAGAGCAAACAAUGCUUGGCGAA